CUUUUCUCCUACCCGGCUGCUCUUUCUUUUUCAUUUUUUUUUUUAAGCUGCCAAUCUGCCAUAAACACAAAACAAAGAAGUUAUUCGGACAAGCCUCCAUCCUCAGAGGACUCUGAAAAACCUCCAAAACCCUAACCCUGAAGCUCCGUAUUCAAGUUCCAAUCCCAUUUGCUGAUCUAUCCACUUCACUCUUACUGAAUUCUGUUACUUUCUGCACACAAGCACGCAUAAAUGACUAAUUCGGGAGCCUUCGCCGUGUCGCGGAGCCACAGAGGAGACCGAUUCUACAACCCGCCACCGAUGCGGCGGCACCACCAGCAACUGCAGAAGGCGGCGAAGGCGGAGGCUGCAGCUUCCGAGGUGGGGAACCGGACUGGUUCACACGAUUCGGCCACCGCAUUGUCUAAACCACAAUCUGUCUGCUCGUCUUCUCCGGCGCCGCCGAAGAAUGUCACCAACUUGGAUCGUUUGAUGGAAUCGGUUACUCCCUUCGUGCUAGCUCAGCACUUCUCUGAGGUAAAUGUAAGAGGACAAAGAACUCGUGAAGCAGGUGCAAAUGCAUUUUUUUGCCUUGAGGAUCUUUGGGAAUCUUUUCGAGAGUGGAGUGCGUAUGGAGUAGGCGUGCCACUGUUGUUGAAUGAAAAAGACCAAAUUAUUCAGUAUUAUGUUCCUUUCUUGUCUGGCAUACAAUUAUACAUAGACCCAUUGAAGUCAUCAUCUCGGCUUAGGAGAUCAGACGAGGAGAGUGAUGUUGAGUCAUCAAGGGAGUCUAGUUGUGGUGGCAGCAGUGAUUGUGAAGCAGAUAGGCAAUCUAAAUCUGCUGAUUUAAAAUGGAACCAGCAAAACCAUUUAAAUGCUAAUGCCCAACAACUAAACAGAAUUUCGUUGAGAGACAAAUCUGCAUUGAACUUGUCUGCUGAUGAAGCUGAAAUAAAUAAAUCCCCCGGAGCACUCUUGUUUGAAUAUUUGGAGCAAGAACAACCAUAUAAUCGCAGGCCGUUGACUGACAAGAUAAUGGACCUAGCAUCUCAAUAUCCAGAAUUGAAGAAGUGCAGGAGUUGUGAUUUGAUGCCCUCGAGUUGGAUAUCUGUUGCUUGGUAUCCGAUAUAUAGAAUACCCAUAGGCCACACACUACGGGAUCUGGAUGCAUCUUUUUUAACAUUUCAUUUCUUGUCCACACAACCUAGAGUGGCAGGUUCUGUUCAGCCACAGUUUCAUGGUGCAAAUGGUAGGAGUGUACAUGGUAUGAUUCAUGCUGCCUCAAAGAUUUCUUUACCUGCCUUUGGCCUUGCUUCAUACAAAUUGAAGGGCUCACUUGUGAGUCCAUGUGGACCUCGUGAAUCCGAGCAAGAGAACUCUCUCUUGCUAGCUGCAGACGAUUGGCUUCGGAGUCUAAAAGUUUUUCUCCCUGAUUACCAAUUUUUUCUCUCUCAUUAUUCUCAAUGGAGAUGAUGGGGGCUGGAUGUUGAUCAAUGUGCCAAAGUUUUUAUUCCUUAUGGGAGACAUUCAGAUGCCGAUUCUCCACCAAACUCCUACCUAAUGAGUUGGUUAAAAUGCUAUUUUCUUUAAGCCUUCUAUGGUUUAAAAAUACUCAUGAAACUUCGGCAGCUGUUUAAGCUUUCCCAGCUUUGAACAUGCCAAGUAUAUGCGCUGGAGUUGCACUUUAUACUGUUUCAAGGUGUCGCAGAUCGAAAUUUACCAGAAUUGUCAAGAAGCCACAUAAUGCAUCAACUAUAUUCAGUUGGUACAUGAUCUCUUGACUAUGUUGUUUCAAGGUGUGGCAGAUCGAAAUUUACCAUGAUCAUGAUGAAAAUUUUGAACAAUCUGUAACUCACAUAUAGCAUCACAAACUGAUCGAAGUACUUACUAGUUAUAGUGUUAUGACAAGUGAUUCUGACCGAAAAUCUUGUUAGAUAAAAGUCAGGUGGAAAUCUUCCGACUCUUUGACGUUUGUAUCUUUGUAGCAUGAGGUUUACAUUGUAUCCGGAUUCUGAUUUCCCCUAUAUGGCUGAGUCAAACCUACGUUGAAUGCUAUGAUGCUGAAAACAGACAGAUUAGCCAAUUUUGAGUUGGUAGUUUUAUUGUUGUUGUAUCCUAAUCUGGAUUCGGCUCAGAAGUGAUGUUCUGACUUAUAGUUAUAUAUUAACAGUUUGUUUACUAA